AGCUUUGGAAGCUGAACAGGACCUGGGUGUUCCAGGGAGAUGGAGCGUCUCUUCAGCCCCAGACUAUGCUUCUGGAUGAGGGCCACGAGAGGCUUUAUGUUGGGGCCAAGAAUACUCUGUUCUCCCUUAGCUUGGACCGGGUUAACACACACCAGAGAGAGAUACCGUGGGCCAGUACAGAAUCUCAGAUAGAGGAGUGUUUGAUGAAGGGGAGGGAAAAGCCGGAGUGUGCAAACUACAUCAAAGUCUUGCAACAGUACAACCAGACCCAUCUGCUGGUCUGUGGAACUGGAGCCUUCAACCCUAUCUGUGCCCUGGUCAGAGUGGGACACACAGGGCAGGACAAGCAGUUUGCUCUUGAAGGAGACAGCAUAAUGAGUGGCAGAGGACGCUGUCCAUAUGACCCCAACAGUCCCUGCACAUCAACGCUCUCCAGAGGAGAGCUGUAUAUUGGCCUGUACACCGACUACUGGGAGAAUGACGGUGCUUUGUGUCGACUUAACAACCAGACCUACACACGCACUGAAAGAGACGACCGGCAGCAACUGAAUGAACCUAAAUUUGUGGGGUCAGCAGUUAUUCCUGACAACGAUGACAAGGAUGAUGAUAAGGUUUACUUCUUCUUCACUGAGAGGGAGAUGGAUGCUGAGGGAGGGAACAAGGCAGUAUAUACUCGCGUUGGGCGAGUCUGUGCGAAUGACCAAGGAGGACAGAGAAUGCUGGUGAAUAGAUGGAGCUCUUUCCUGAAAACUCGUCUUAUCUGCUCUGUGGCUGGACCAAAUGGCAUUGAUACACAUUUCGAUGAACUCGAGGAUGUGUUUGUGCUCAAGAAUAAGGAUGGGAAAAAUCCAGAAAUCUUUGGCCUCUUUAGCACAACAAGCACGGUUUUUAAAGGCUAUGCAGUGUGUGUCUAUCACAUGGAUGAUAUCAGAGCAGCCUUUAAUGGUCCCUUUGCCUACCGAGAGAGACCUGAGCAUCAUUGGACACCUUAUGAGGACAGAAUCCCCUACCCUCGACCUGGAUCUUGUGCCAGUAAAGUGAACGGAGGUGGCUUCUCCAGCUCUAAGGAGUUUCCGGAUGAGGUUUUGCGGUUUGUGCGUUCUCAUCCUGUGAUGUAUCGCCCAGUACUUCCCCAGCACCGUAGACCCAUCCUGCUGCAGACUGAGCCAGGCAGGAGAAAGCUGACCCAGAUCGCUGUGGACAGAGUCCAAGCACAGGAUGGACACUACCAUGUUCUCUACAUUGGCACUGAUGAUUCUGUGGUAUUGAAAGUCAUCACCAUCUACAACAAAGACACAGACACUAUGGAGGAGGUGCUGCUGGAAGAGCUGCAAGUAUUCAAGGUGCCAGCACCAAUAAGAGAGAUCAUAAUAUCACCUAAAAGGCAACAGCUAUAUGUGGGGUCAGAAGUGGGUGUGGCCCAGGUCAGACUACAUCAGUGUGACCUCUAUGGGUCAGAAUGUGCUGAUUGUUGUUUGGCCAGAGACCCUUACUGUGCCUGGGAUGGUCUCACCUGCUCCAGAUUUUACCCUGCUGGAAUCUAUACCAAGAGCAGACGAUUCAGGCGGCAGGAUGUUCGCCAUGGCAACGCCGUCCAGCUGUGCAAUGGGCUGCAAAUUGAUGAUGAACAAUGGCACAAAGCUGAGGAGAGGCUGGUGUAUGGAGUGGAGAGCAACAGCACUUUACUUGAGUGUGUCCCUCGAUCGCUUCAAGCAAAGGUCCUCUGGUUCUUGCAGAAAGGAGUAGUGAAACACGAGGUUCGAGGUGAUGAGCGGGUUAUCCUGACCUCCCAUGGGCUGCUGUUUUUACGAGUGAGGAGUUCUGACGCUGGUGUGUAUGUGUGCCAGACUGUGGAACAUGGAUACGUGCACACAUUAUCGCGUACCUCUCUACACGUGCUAAGAGGGGAGAGGGUAGAGUCAGCGAUCCACAGGGCUAAUGAUAGGGAGGGAGAAAAAGCUGCAGCUUCUUGCCACUCCUCCAUAGGGCUCCAACCGGGCCCCAGCAUCAGCCCGAGGGCUCUGGUGCCAUCCUUAGUCCCAGGCCCCAACUCCAGGCUGUGGUACAAGGAGUUUCUCCAGCUGAUUGGCUACGGGGAUGCCCAGAGAGUAGAAGAGUACUGUGAGAGAGUGUGGUGCUCAGAUAAAAAACGAAAAAAGACAAGAAGGAAGUAUGUUCCUCCGGGUGGCGAGAAGAGAGGGAAAGGGAGAACAGAGGAGAACUCCCACCGAGCGCCCAGGCACACCUUGGACACCUGAGGAGAACAGAGACUGACUGUACAUGCACACACCCAUACACACACACACACACACACACACAUACAGUCUAAAGGUCAGACUCACUCAGUGUUUGCACCAUGUAAAAGGUUUUCACUUUGCUUUCAACAAGAGCAGUAACUGAAAAACAACAGUAGCAGGUUGCUUAGCUUUUGUAGCUACAUUUAUCACUCAGUGGCUUGACUGUGAUGUUUCCAAUUAUUUUAAAAAGCAAUUUCUUUCCUUUUUGUGUGGUGUAAACUGAUUAUCCAGUGCAGACCUUGGAUAAAUACUAUGAAUGUCAGUGUCAGCACAGAGCAGAGGCCCGGGGAGGAGAUGGAUGACUGAUUAAGCGACAUUGCCUCUGAUCUGAAGAGACAGAAUAUAAUAUAUCAGCUCCUGUGGACUGACCUAGCCCAACCCAGCUGUCAAUCCACACAGAGACUGUUAUAUGAGUCCUCUGCUCCACCUUUCAUUCAAUGGCUUAAUAUGAAAACCUCUUACUGUAUCUACUAUGAGAGAACAACUAUGUUAAAAGUAAUGGCCUUCUAAUCUUUUUUGGUACUAUAGUAACUUAUUUUCUUGGUCUCUACUUUGAGUUCUGUAGUUGUUUAGAUGUCGUAAACUGGAAAAUAUAGCGUGUUGUUUUUGUACAGUGAAAAAUGCUUGGAGCUUUACAAUACUGCUAAUUUGAAUAUAAUGUGGUCAUCGCUGUGGUGUGUUUGGUUACAAUGGCCACAAUGCAUACGGUAAGAUGUUGCAAUGCCACUAUUUAUGGAUAUUUGAGGCAUGUUUUAAUUAUAACUAUGCUCUCAAUGGAAGAAAUUAAGCAAAUGUAAAAACUGUUACAAUAGAUUAAAAGUGGUAUAAUCAUUAUUAUAAUUAUAAUUAUUGUUAUUAUUAUUAAGUUCCUACCUACACAUCUACUUGUGAUCAAAUGUAUCAACAGUAUUGUGUGUAUUGUAUAUUUUAUUUAUCUAAAAAAAUUCUGGGUGGUCUUUGCGUGCACAUCUGGUAACUGUAUUCAAAAAGUCAGUCCUUGCUCUUUCCCUUUCUCUCCCUCCAUUACUUGCUCUCCCUUUUUGACCCCCCCUCCCCCGCCCCUUUUGUUUAUCUGUAAUGAUGUUGCAGAUGGGAUUCAUAAUUACCACCACAAACAGAAAUGUAGUACACCACAAUUUGCUCAGAAGAAAAAAAAGACAAAUAAAUGUUAGGGUGUCCAUCCAAGCGUGUCAACAAAACUGAUGAGUCAGCUUCAUGAAUAUUCAGUUAAUUCUGAGAUGACAGAAACAUCAAACAAUCUGAUUUUACAAUGAAAUGCAUUGUAGUGGUUGUGUUAAAAAUAGAGUUUGGAGGAUCUCUCAUUUUUCAAUGUCGUGCAUUUAUGUCAAGUGUUCUCACUUUAUAGUUUUGACCUUGUUGUCUUUACUGUAUUCAUAAUGUGGUAGAAAAUCACUUGGUCUCUUUAUAUCGUCACUCAUCAUUCUCCUUGAAUAUUCUUAAACUAAGAUAAAAAAAUACUGUGUGUGCUUAUACCCCCUUAUAAAUACCAGCCAUUAAAAAAAGAUGGACCUUCCUUCCCUGGUGUCACCUCUGUGGUUUAGCCAUCAAUAAUGACAAAGUAUACUCAG